AUGGAGUUGCAAAGUACUCUCCUCCAGGACAUCGUGUCCCGCGCUCUCGCAGCGCCGCUAUAUCACAUUGGAAUCUUGAUCGCCCUGACGUUGGUCGGUAAUGUCAUCUACAACCUCUACUUCCACCCCUUGGCCAAGUUCAAUGGCCCUUGGUACUUCGCCAUUUCCGACAUCCCCAAUGCUAUCCUCCAACUCCGUGGGUUGAGCCAGUACGCGUUGGCCAAGGGGCACGAUCAACACGGCGACAUCGUUCGCAUAGGCCCGAAUGCCCUUUCUUUUACGAAUCCCAAAGCAUGGGAUGCCCUUUAUGGCUAUCGGAAAGGUGUCGCCGCGUUGCCCAAGGACCCCGAGUUCUACAACCCGAUGCUGUUGGGCGAAGAGACCAUCACGCGAGCCAGCGACGUCGACGCGAUCCCGAUCCGAAGAUCGAUGAAUGCCGCUUUUGCGCCCAAGAACCUCCUCGCUCAGGAACCAAUGCUGCAGGAGCACAUCCAUCGAUUGACGGCCCAGAUUGAUUCCGAGAGUCAGAAGACUGGAAUCAAAGGUGUGGAUCUUCGGAAAUGGUUCACCAUGUCCAUGUUCGAUGUCAACUCCCAUUUCGGCUUCGGCGAAGACAUGGGCUGCGUCCGCGAAGGGAAAUACCACGAAUGGGUGCAAUUCGUGCUCGAUUUCUUCUUCGCCGCGACGCUGCUCCAUCAGUGCCACAAGUUCUGGCCUCUGGCCCCGAUCCUUGCGCACUUGAUGCCCGCAUCUUUGCGCAAGGCCAAGGACGACCACAACGAGGCUUCGCUGGGCCGCGUGCGCCAUCGCAUGCAGCUGGAUCUCGACAAGCCCGACUUCAUGUACCAUUUCAUGCGCCAAGCCGAGAAGGAAGAUCUUCCGAUGCAUGUGAUCGAGGCGCAGGCCAGCGUGGUGAUCUUGGCGGGAAGUGAGACGUCGGCGGUGGGAUUGACGAGCGCGACGUUCCAGAUCCUCACCCAUCCCGAUGUUUACAAGAAGUUGUGUGAGGAGAUUCGCGCGCUGUUCCCUACGGUCGCGGACAUCAACCUUCAGGAUACGUUGAGCAGAUUGCCCUACUUGGACGCCGUGCUCUGGGAGGCACUUCGCAUCCAUGCGCCGCUCGCCAACGGUUUCACGAGAGUGGUUCCCGCGGAGCAGAAGGACUUUAUGGCGUAUGGGCAUCAUAUCCCACCCAAGACCACGGUGACCAUCAACCACUACGCCUGCAACACCUCGAUCCGCAACUUCACCGAUCCCCUCCUCUACGUCCCCGGCCGCUGGCUCGGCGACGCGAAAUACGCCAACGACCAACGCGAGGUCGUCCAGCCAUUCAGCGUCGGUCCAAGAAAUUGCCCAGGCAAGAAUUUCGCGCUCAACAACAUGAAGCUCGCCAUGGCCCACAUGAUCGUCACGUUUGACAUGGAACUCGCCGAGGGCAUGCAGAAAUGGGAUCAAGGGCAGAAGAUCUACAAUGGCUGGUUGCAGCCGCCGCUGUUUGUGCGGCUUCAGAGACGUGUGUGA